AGGUAUUAAUGCCCAGGCUCGAAAGCUGCAGAAGAGCCGCUCCAGAGUGACCUCCACCCUCAUAGAGAGGACUAUGGCUCGAAGCCACAAAUUGUGGUGGCGUAAAAGUGAGAUGGACCUCUUAGAUGCUGAUACUGAGACCAAACAUGGAACAGAUACUGAUGAAUGUGUUAAGGAUCAAAACGGCAGCCUGAAUCAAAUCUCACUGCAGAGCCCCAAGAGCUCAAAAACAACCCUAGAACAAAAUCACAUUCACUGCCUUGCAAGUCCCUCUGAGGGGCAUGGAGGGUUGCAGGCCAAAACAGAGACCCUCUGUCUGCUGAGGCCAAGUGGCGAGCGAGAAGGAGAGGAGUCAGAGAGGGAGGAAAGGGAGAAGGAGGAGACAGAGAGCAGUGAUGAUAAUACCACACAGUAUUCCAUUCACCCUCCUCAUGAUUGUCCAUACCUGCUACUGCUGCAGGGCUGCAUCCCCACACAGGACUUUGUCAUCUACCUACUUGUGGGGCCAAGUAUAAUAAUCGGUCAGCAAAGUGAUCAUGAAGAUGAGUUAAAGCCAGACAUCCUCCUCUUUGCUGCUGAUAUUCUUCCGAGACACUGCUAUCUAUAUCGCCAGACUGCUGGAAGCCCCACCACGCUCCGCCCUUGUCAGAACGCCAUGGUCACGAGGAACGGUGAGAUGCUGAGAAGAGAAGUACAGCUUACCUCUGGUGAUGUUAUUGGACUUGGACAGUGCUACCUGUUCCUUUUCAAGGAUCCCUUAGCUUUGACACACAAGGAAGUGAACAGUAUUGCACCUGAGCCCAACUUGUCUGCUGUGCCCUGGAUGCUGGGUCACACCACGUCUGCCACUACAACACAUCAUAGCAGAGAAAUGACCCUCUAUAACACCUGCAUCUCAACCUGCACUGACCUCCAGAGCCAGAGCAGCAAACAGCCCCUAAGCAGAAGCCCUCCUUUUCUAAAAUCACCUGAAGGCCACAGCUUGACUCUCAACUAUGAGAUUGAAGAUGAGGAUCGCAUUGUUGAGGAGAUUGUUUCUAUGGGAAGUAACAGCGCUGAUGACAGACCGCCACUGACAAUAGCAUUUUUGCUUUGCAUGUGUAUCCAGUAUUCAUCCACAAGUCUUCAUACCUCAGACCUGCGUAGACUCUUGCUGCUUAUUGCCAGUGGAGUUCAAAGUGCCAUGUGGGAGCACACUAAGGAUCUAGCUGCAGUUCAGCCUGAAGUUCUCAGUGGUGAAGGCUUGAACUCAGAAGACCUCAAGCCUCUCAGCCCAAAGGAGGUGAUCUCAGGACUCCACCCCCUGGUUGUAUGGAUGUCCAACAGUCUGGAGCUGCUGCACUUCAUCCAGUAUGAACUGCCUCUUAUUCUGGAAUGGAAAACCAGAAAGGGGCAGAGACAGUCAGAGCAAGAAGAGAGGGAAGGUGAAGAGAGCAAGGAGAUGGAGAGCUUGGCCCUGUUGGAGCUUCAUCUGUCCUGUGUCCAUUCAGCCAGUGAGGAGACAAUGGCCGUACUGGAGGAAGUUAUCAUGCUUGCCUUCCAGCAGUGUGUAUACUACAUCACCAAGGUCCUCCACCCCAUCCUGCCAAGCUUUCUUGACUGCUGCCCAUUCAGGGAGAGUCCUGACCCACCGACAACUGGCAUGAGUGCUCAAGUGAUAGGUAGCAGAGGAUUGGGAGUCCCUGGUGAGAUCCAGCAGGCUGUGGAAGUCCUGACUGAGACCUGGAGACUACUCUCGGACUGUCAGCUCCACCCAGAGAUUUCCUCUCAGCUCAUUGGUUACCUUUUCUACUUCAUCAAUGCAUCACUCUUCAACUUACUCAUGGAGAGAGGCCCAGAGCCAGGGUUCUACCAGUGGUCCAGAGGUGUGCAAAUGCGUGCCAAUCUCGACUUGCUCCUGGACUGGGCCCAAGCAGCUGGGCUGGGUGAACUGGCAUUGGAGCACACUCACACACUAUCAUCUGCUAUCAAUCUGCUGGCCAUGCCUAGAAAGAAUUUACUGCAGAUGUCUUGGGCAUCCUUGCAGUCUGAUUAUCCUGCUCUGAAUCUGGCCCAGCUGAACCACCUCCUGAGUCUCUACAGCCCCCCAUCUUCCUGCAAACACACCUGGACUCCAUCAGCACAGGACCAAGCAGCAGCACAUAAUAGUGCUGAUAUCCUGGAGAGCUUUGACACCCACAAUUCUCUGGUGCUGCCUAAUGGGGGUUAUCAGUUUCAGCUGAGAAGGGUGGUAAUAGAUUUGUCUCUAGUGGAGCAGCUGGAUAAGCUCCAAGAGUUCAUUUCCACCCUUUCUCACUGCCAGUCUAAUGAUGUCACAGCUUCUACUGUUUCUGCUGCAGUACCUCCAUCACCCCCUUCACUAGCCUCUCGUUUCUCCGCCCACUACCUGGGUGAGGUUAACUCCUGUGGUACCCUCCUUUUGUCCCAAAAACUAAGAAAUCUGGAGCUGCAAACCAGAAUUAUGGAGACCAGUAAGAUGAGGAUGUCAGCUCUGGACCCCUCCUGUCUCCUCACCCCACCUAACACUCCCCACAUCAUAGAUUCUGCUGAUUUGGUAAAGGCAGAACAGGAUAAAUGGCUGCAGGCUGACAGUGAGACACCUCCCUGGUCCUCAGGUGUAGAUGCACAUGAUGAAGGUGGGUUAGUGUUUGAAUGUCUGGCUGCACUGAAAGCAGACCGUUUGAAAUCAGACUGUCCAAGUAUGAAAAAAAAUGUUGAGCUGAAUGAGGAAGAGGACGAGCAGGGUGGGGAGGAAGAGGAAGAUGACCAAUAUGAUGACAGUAAUGAUGAGGUUUUUAGCUUGGAGCUGGAGCGAGGUGAAACAGGACUUGGACUUGCGUUGGUUGACACAAGGGACACGUCCUUGAGGUCAAGAGGAGUCUUGAUCUGUGCAGUGGUUCCAGACUCUCCUGCAGCUCGGUGCAAGAAGCUGGUACCAGGAGACAGGAUCCUGGCUGUUAAUGGAGUCAGCCUGCUUGGACUGGACUACCAGAGUGGAAAGGACCUGAUCCAGUCAUCAGGUGACAUAGUGAGGUUACUGGUGGCCAGAUCAGACUGGAUGACUAAGGUGUAUCAAAAAGAAACAGAGAGGAAAGCUCGAGAAGCAUCAUAG